GGGGCUGGCGCGUGGAUCAUCCCCAUUUGUCUCGUCGUGCUCCUCUUAUCAAUUUCACUAAUAAUAAUUAUAUUUAUUUCAAAAUUUUCUGGGAACCAUUUCAAGCAGAGGCCUCUGAAGCUCCACUCACCACUCCUUCGUCCUCCAGAUCCUUCCGCUUUCAGCCAGUCUGAUUGCUUACGGUGUCGUGGGCUUGUGUGCAAAUGGCGACCGGAGCUGUUCCAGCUUCGUUUUCGGGUCUGAAGAGCUGGGACCCCAGCUUAGGGUUUGCAAAAAGCGCGGAUUUUGUGAAAGUUUCUGAUUUUUUUCAGAGAGUUAAGUCUCACAGAAGAAGGGUCUUGGUGAUCCGAAAUUCAAACCCCGGUUCUGAUAUUGCCGAACUUCAGCCUGCGUCCGAAGGAAGCCCUCUAUUAGUUCCUAGGCAGAAGUAUUGUGAAUCUACAUACAAAACAGUUAGAAGGAAAACGCGGACUGUGAUGGUGGGAAACGUGGCUCUUGGUAGUGAGCAUCCUAUAAGAAUUCAAACAAUGACUACAACUGACACAAAGGAUGUUGCUGCAACAGUUGAACAGGUAAUGAGAAUAGCUGACAGUGGCGCAGAUAUUGUUCGGAUAACUGUGCAAGGAAAGAAAGAGGCAGAUGCAUGUUUUGAUAUCAAGAACACUCUUGUUCAGAAAAAUUACAAUAUACCUCUAGUGGCAGAUAUUCAUUUUGCUCCACCUGUUGCUAUGCGAGUUGCUGAAUGCUUUGACAAAAUCCGUGUCAACCCUGGAAAUUUUGCUGAUAGGCGAGCACAAUUUGAAAAGUUAGAGUACACAGAAGAGGACUAUCAAAAGGAGCUUGAGCAUAUUGAGCAGGUUUUUACUCCUUUGGUUGAGAAAUGUAAAAAAUAUGGAAGGGCAAUGCGUAUUGGAACAAAUCAUGGGAGUCUCUCUGAUCGUAUAAUGAGCUACUAUGGAGACUCCCCAAGGGGAAUGGUUGAAUCUGCAUUUGAGUUUGCAAGGAUUUGCCGCAAGUUGGACUUCCAUAAUUUUGUCUUUUCAAUGAAAGCAAGCAACCCAUUAGUCAUGGUCCAGGCAUACCGUCUGCUUGUAGCUGAAAUGUAUGUUCAAGGAUGGGAUUAUCCAUUACAUUUGGGAGUUACUGAGGCUGGUGAAGGUGAGGAUGGGCGUAUGAAAUCUGCAAUCGGCAUUGGAACCCUUCUUCAGGAUGGUUUAGGUGAUACAAUUAGGGUCUCUCUUACAGAACCACCAGAGGAGGAAAUAGAUCCCUGUAGAAGGCUGGUUAAACUUGGUAUGAGAGCAUCUGAUCUUCAGCAAGGGGUGGAACCAUUUGAAGAAAAGCACAGACAUUAUUUUGAUUUCCAACGCAGAACUGGUCAAUUGCCCAAGCAAAAGGAGGGUGAAGAUGUUGAUUAUAGGGGUGUACUCCACCGUGAUGGUUCUGUUCUCAUGCGUCUUACACUGGAUCAGUUGAAGACACCUGAACUCCUUUACAAGUCAUUAGCAGCAAAACUUGUUGUGGGCAUGCCAUUCAAGGAUCUGGCAACAGUGGACUCGGUGCUUUUGAGAGAACUACCGCCAGUAGAUGAUGGUGAUGCUAGGCUGGCUGUCAAAAGGUUGAUAGACAUAAGUAUGGGGGUUAUAGCCCCUUUAUCAGAGCAGCUGACAAAGCCAUUACCAAAUGCCAUGGUUUUAGUAAAUCUCAAGGAAUUAUCAACUGGUGCUUACAAGCUUUUGCCAGAAGGAACACGAUUGGUUGUGUCUGUCCGUGGUGAUGAACCCUAUGAAGAGCUGGAAAUCCUCAAAGGCAUUGAUGCUACAAUGCUUCUUCAUGAUCUCCCAUAUACUGAAGAAAAAAUCAGCAGGGUACAUGCAGCAAGGAGGCUAUUCGAGUAUUUGGCAGACAAUCUGAACGUCCCUGUAAUUCACCAUCUUCAGUUUCCAACUGGGGUUCAUAGGGAUGACUUAGUCAUAGGUGCUGGUACAAAUGCUGGAGCACUUCUAGUGGAUGGACUUGGGGACGGUGUUCUCUUAGAAGCCCCAGACCAGGACUUUGAUUUCCUCAGGGAUACAUCUUUCAAUCUACUUCAAGGUUGCAGGAUGCGAAACACAAAGACGGAGUAUGUAUCUUGUCCAUCCUGUGGGAGGACACUUUUUGAUCUUCAAGAAAUAAGUGCAGAGAUACGAGAGAAGACUUCACAUUUGCCUGGUGUUUCGAUUGCGAUCAUGGGUUGCAUUGUAAAUGGGCCUGGGGAGAUGGCUGAUGCAGACUUUGGGUAUGUUGGCGGUGCUCCUGGAAAGAUAGACCUUUAUGUUGGGAAGACGGUUGUGAAGCGAGGAAUCGAGAUGGAGCAUGCAACUGAUGCCUUGAUCCAGCUAAUAAAAGAUCAUGGCCGCUGGGUGGAUCCUCCUGCAGAAGAGUAACAUGAUGCAGUUUUGGUAGCAGACUGGAAUAACAUGGCCAAAAGUGGGGUCCUCUACCUUCCCCCAUAGGUUCAGUCAAUGCACUUAUAACUAGCAGUACAAGAAUUACAUACACAUCCAUACCAGGGUGCAGAGCAUGCAUCUUAUCUCCUCAUUCAAUGUAUAUCAUACAGUGUAAUUCUCCCAUAAAUGCUGAAACCAAAUCAGGCCAUCGCCUUUCUAAGCUAUAGACAGCCUCCAUCAUUGGGCUCCAACUUUCACUUUUUCUUUCCAUUCACUUUGUUGUGGGCAAGGGGACCUAAUUAUUCUGCAUGUUGCAGGUUUAAGUUAUGAUUCUGCACCCUGCAAUCUUCAAAGUAGGAUAUACCUCUGGGUACUAUUUUGUGAAUUGGGUUGGUUUAAAUUCAUAAGUUUAAUGUUAUAUAUAUUUUGGUAA